GUAUUUUGAAAUGUAACGAGGACCGUCAAAGCGGGCAUAUGCAAUCAGACUGACUGGCCAGAAACUUGCAUCCUUUUUAAAGCUAUGUCAAGGUUAACUAAUAAGUGUCGCUGUCUGUAUCUACUGAACUUGAGCUCCAGAUGGAAAUGCCACCAACAAGCCUCCAGACUGUCAACAAUGAGCAGUGGACUUGAAUCAAUAUGUGGUGGCAAAUUUAGGAGUAUUUCUUCAGCAAGGACAAUCACAAGGACCAAUGUAUGGGGAGGACAUACACAGUGGUUUGAUGGGAGUCUGAAGAGAAGAGGACUUCACUCAAGUGCACCACUUGGAGAAGAAAAGACAUCUCAGUUGAGCGAACUAACAGAGACAGACUAUGGGAGACUAGCAGAUGAGACGCUGGACGCAUUAGCAGAUUAUUUUGAAGACCUCACAGAUGAGAACUUCACUGGCAUGGAAUAUGACGUUGUCUUUUCUAGUGGUGUGCUGACACUGAAAGUUGGCUCUGACCACGGUACAUACGUUAUCAACAAACAGACACCCAACCGACAGAUUUGGCUUUCCUCGCCGACAAGUGGGCCAAAGCGCUACGAUUGGACGGGGGAGCAAUGGGUGUACGCUCAUGAUGGUGUGACAUUGCACAGUCUGCUCUCCAAAGAGUUGUCUAUCAUCUUCAAAACAAAUAUAGACCUGUCACAUCUCAUCCAUUCAUGAUGAGAACAAUUUGAAGAACGGACACCGUUAUUGAUCUUUUCCUCACCAGUUCUCAUGACUUUCGUGAUCUUAACAAGUUACUACUGUAGCAAAAGCUCAAAAAACUUAUUAGGCAGGCUUGAUAUUUUUAAUGGUUUUAUUGUUUACAGACCUAAAAAUUGGCCAUAAAAGCACAAAAAAAGUAUAGACCUCAGAUAAACCGCAGGGAUGAUUUUAUUUGUCUGCAUCAAACCUGUAUGUAAUUCUAAGCUUUAAAUGUACUCAGAACAGCAGAAAGUGCUCUCAUAAUCAAAUCUCUGUAAAUGAACCUGGUUAGAUUAAACCUAGAUUAAAGAGAUCACAUUUAAUGGCUCUUAAACCAGCUGAAUAAGACAAAUGGAUACAUAUUGUUUUUUGGAGGCUGUAUUUUGCACGCCUGGCCCUAGUUGAACUAUAGGCUGCUGGGUAGAUGCCUGAAAAGAAGAGGAUUAUGACAGACAGAUGGAGAAGUUCUUGCUCUAAAAGCCCCCGGCCAGAGCCUUUAUUCAGGAAUUAUCUGUGAAUAACGGCAUCACUCUCCGAUUAUAUUUCACACAGCUUUACCACCACCCUCUGAUUUAAAAAUAUCAGCCCAAUUUAGCAUCAAUCCACCCGUCAGUUAAAGCGCCGUCAUUAACUCUGGUGAUACAACAUAGUCGAUCAUUACUCCCCAGACGCCUCUUAACAUAAAAGCCCAUAUAUCGCAACAUUAACCUGAUACGCUGUCCAUGCAAAUAUUGAAAUAUGACAUUUAUUGUACUGUGGUGAAAUGUUUGAUGUAUUUAAUCGGGUUGCAUGUGAUGAAACAAUGGCACGUCUACCGCAGUGUUGAUGUCUGACAUCUGAUGUUUGUGUCCAUUGAUGCAUAUGUAAAUAUAAUGUUAAUUAAAUUAGAAUGUUGUUUCAUUUUCAUU